GGACCUCCGCCGCCGAUCAGUCCGUAUACGUACUGCGCGCCGGCCGCUAUGUGAACGGUUCACGCGCGUGUGUGUGACUUGUGUGAUUUUUUUUUCUCCCAGAACGCUGCGACCGCCGCAGAACAUUACCGCCGUAGUACACCUAUGACACUACGCGUCGUCGGUACGAUUAUAAUAUAUUUUAUUCGUUCGCAAAGCAUGCGCCACUACACGAUACGACAAUAAUAAUAGUUAUAUUUUAGUCGUGUUCGUUUGUCAUUUUUUUUAGUUUUUUAAAUUUUUUUUUUUACGUUUUUUCGCUUUUAACGCCGCGCGCGCUUGUCAUAUCCGAGAGAGUCGGCGCGACGCGUCGCGAUAAGGAUUUUUCUCGUCCCGGUUUCGUGGUGAGAACCGAACGAUAAAAUAUAACAAUAAUAACAAUUAUUGUAUAUUUUUAUUGUUUUUGCGGUGAAAAAAAAUCGCAAGUUUCCGAGGACGUCGUCGUCGCGUGAAAAAAGUGCGCGCGCGCCGCGCGUACCCACCGCACACGCGUGCGGUGAAACAGUGAAAUUUUUUUUUUCUUCAUAGACCAGUGCACGAAAAACGUUCGCAAUUACGGACCUAACGAUCUACCCGCGCAGUGUUCGGGGCGCGUCGGUUGAAUGUGAUUGGAAAGCGCGGGUGAUGGCCACCACGUACCUGCCGGUGGGCAGUGGCGGCGGCGGCGGUGGCAACGGCCCCGGCUCCGGUGACCUGGACGGCAUGGGCGGCAUGUCGGUGGUCAACCAGCCGGGCGGCCCGUACCAGCAGCCGUCACCGUCACCGCGUGGCGGCAACGGCCAAGACCACCCGGCCGGCGAGCUGAAGUACAUGCCUCCCGGUCAGCACCACCAUCACCACCACCAUCACCAUCAAGUUCCUACGUCCCCGUCGCCGGUGUCGCUGUCGGCCGCGGCCAGUUGGGUGGACCCGUGGGCCGCGUCCAUGAGCAUGCACCAACACCAUCCACACCACCCGCACCACCCGCACCAGGGACUGGACAUCAAACCGCCGCCAGACAUGCGAGCCGUGACCGGCGGCGGUGGUGGAGGCGGUGGCGGCGGAGGCGGUGGCGGUGGAGGUGCGCAGUCCUGGCACACGGGACCGCCGCCGCCUGUCGUCUCGGCCGGCCACUAUAACGGCAGCGGGUCCGGGUCGCCGCAACUCGGCCACCACGGCGCGUACCACGUGAUGAACGGCAUGCUUGGCCACACGCACCCGGCCGUCCAGAUGCACGGCCACAGCCCGUCUUACCCGCAGCAGCACGAUCCGCAAUCGCCCGGCGGCGAGGAGGACGCGCCCACGUCCGACGACCUCGAGGCGUUCGCCAAGCAGUUCAAACAACGCCGGAUUAAGCUGGGCUUCACGCAGGCUGACGUGGGCCUGGCGCUUGGCACGCUCUACGGGAACGUGUUCUCGCAGACCACCAUAUGCCGGUUCGAGGCGCUGCAGCUGUCGUUUAAGAACAUGUGCAAGCUCAAGCCGCUGCUGCAAAAGUGGCUGGAGGAGGCGGACUCGACGACGGGCUCGCCGACCAGCAUCGACAAGAUCGCGGCGCAGGGUCGCAAGCGCAAGAAACGCACUAGCAUCGAGGUGUCCGUCAAGGGGGCCCUGGAGCAGCACUUCCACAAGCAGCCCAAGCCGUCCGCGCAGGAGAUCACAUCGCUGGCCGACUCGUUGCAGCUGGAGAAGGAAGUGGUGCGCGUGUGGUUCUGCAACCGGCGGCAGAAGGAGAAACGCAUGACGCCGCCGAACACCAUGGGCGGCCCGCAAGACGGCAAUGGUAUGAUGGACGGCGGCCUGGGCGGCGGCGGUGGUGGCCCGAUGGGCCACGGCGGCCUGCACCAGGCCUACCAUCAUCAGGACCACGUUAUGCACGGCUCGCCGAUGGGACCGCACUCGCACUCUCACAGCCCGCCGAUGCUCUCGCCGAUCGGCAACCAUCAGUCGCUUGCGGCCCAUUAACGUUUCGCCCAGUGGGACGUUGAGUACUCACGGCACCUGGCUAAGAUGCAGCAACAUCAGCAGCAACACCAGGAAUGCACGUAGUACUGUUGUUUACUGUUUCGAACAACGUCUCGCUGAGGGCGAUUUAAAAAAAAAUAAUUAUACGUGUGUACGUCGCGUAGCAGCAACAGCAACAGCAACGGCAACAGCACCAGCAGCAUACGCACGAAAAGCGUGUGCGUGGUUUUCCCGGUAUGUCAUUAUAUCUUGGAAAUCGCGUUCGACUGCGCGCUGUAUGUGUCGCUGCACCGCGAUGGCACAUUAUAUAUUAUUUUUACCAAUUCGACUAUACAUAAAUAUAUAUAAAUAAAAUAUUAAUAUUAAUUUACAAACGCGGAUCGUAUAUAUUAUAUUGAUGAUGAUUAUAAUAUUGUAUGAAAUAUAUGAUAUAAUAAUAAUAAUUAUUAUUAUUAUUUUAAUAAUAUUAUAAUAUUGUAAAAGUAGUGCUCGCCGUAAACUGCACUGCAAAAAUCGCGUACGACGGCCGGAGCGCAUAACAAACAACAUUGCCUAUAUAUAAUACAUUAUAUGAAAAUAUAUUUUCCGUAAACAUUAUUAUUUUUUUUUUUUUCCAAUCGUUAUUAAAUAUAUAAUAUAUGUGUAUAUAAUAAUUGUUAUUAUAUUAUAUACGCGUACGGUAUAACGAUGAUAAGACGAUGUCGAUGACGAUGAUGAUAAUAAUAAUGAAUAACGAAUGAUGAUAAUGAAGAUGAUAACGAAGACCAUCGGCACCUACCCUGCACAAUAUUAUUUGUAUAAAAAUACAAAACGACGGCGAGAUGAAGACUUACGACCGACGAGCGCAGAAUCGUCUUCGGACGACGUCGUGGCGGCGAGACCCUAUAUUGUGUACCAGAUUAGUCACCGAGUACGAGAACAGUCACCGAGUACGAAAAGUCACCGAGUACGGGAGAAUUCACCGAGUACGAGAGAAGUCACCGAGCACGAGUAGUCAUCGCCGGGCAAGUACCUACAGGACGGACCAGAGCCAUCGAUCGACACUGUCUUCUAUCGCACUGUGAUAUAUAUCGAUUAAUUCUUUUAAGUUUGUUUUUUUCCGUCUUAAUUAUCUUCCCCGGACAAUUAGUAGGUACAUUAUUAUACCUAAUAGUAUAUAACUUCUCAGACAUGUAUACGCACACACCCCCUCACACCCACACAUACCGCGGUCCAGGUACUGUGGUUAGCCCAUUAUUGUUGUAGGCAUUUUUUCCCGGUUUUCCGAAAAAAUUCGGCACGACAUCCGAGGCACCAUGCCCUCCCCCCCUAAACCACUCGAGGUACUCUAUACACCUAAAGUCAGACGCCUCAAACCGCACUGAAAAACAAUCGAUCUCAUCACACAUAUACCUGCACAAUAUUAUAUUAUAUUAAUAGGUGUAAUAUACAUAAAUAAACGCGGAAUGAAAAUUAUAUAAAACAACGGUAAUGGCAGCCUCAAACUUUAUUCCGUUUACAAGACAUUUAAUAAGCUUAAUAAUAUAAUAUUUGCAGGGGUGCUGUUCCGUAAAUUGGGUUUUUCGUGGGUCUUCCUUUGUAUUACAAGUUCCUCGCCGGUUGUGCACGGCUGCCGCAGUUUUCCAAAACACUUGUUCGUCGCUCGUUUACCUCCAUAUACCUCUCGAGCAUGAUGUAAUAAAAAAUACACUUAUAUAUACAUGAUAUAGGCUCCCCAAAAUUUCGUCAUACCCACAUAUACCUGCAGAGGUACUUUUAGGUGGUACAUCGCGUAAACUUACUAAAAUAUUACAUCCUUUCGGUCCAUCUGCAGCCGGCUCAUACCUGUACCACACGCAUAUAUCAUAAUAUAAUAUAUAUAUAUAUAUAUAUGCUACAUACCAAAUAUUAUAAAUAAAAUAUUAUAUUAUAUAUAUAAAUUAUUAUCAUGUGUAUAUAUAUAUAUAUAUGAGCCUAGCUAUGUAUACUCGACGUACAUAGGUACCUAUGUAUACGAUAGUAAUAGUAAUAAUAAUAAUAUUCGAAAACCGGUUCGUUUCGAACGAUUCAUAAUUUUUGUCCAUAUUUUUUAUUUUUCUCCCGCCGCACCGUUCGGUCGCUCUCGCUCACUCCUUUUUAUUCGUGAUUUAUGUGACGGAUGAAAAAAAAAACCGAAAAAGGUAAUAAUAAAAUUACCCCGAAAAUAUAAUAAUAAUAAUAGUAAUAAUAUAUAUACAUAA